AUGCGUUACUCUUCCGCCGUGGUGCUGAGCACCGUUGUAGUUGGCCAGGCCGCUGCCGCCAACAUGCACAACCGUCACGCCAGCUUCCACGCUCGCCGUCAAGCUGAGGUGAAGCGCAGUGCUGACAACAACGUUGACUGGAGCAAGGUCGCAUACGACCUUGGUGAUGUUAACUGGAGCUCCGUCUUCGCCACUCCUACACCCACUCCCGCCGCUGUCGCGAAGGUCUCUGUUGCCGAUGUCAAGGCCCAGGCCGAGCCCACCCCUUACGCCACCAAGGAGCAGCCCACUACCACCACCGCCGCUAAGCCUGCCGCGACCUCUGCUGAGUCCAACGACCUGCUCGGUGACCUUGGCGAUGCUAUCAGUGACAUUGGUGACGACAUCACCGACGCUGUCAGUGACUUCCUGGACGGUGUCGAGGCCUGGGCUGAGAAGCUCUCCUGCAAGACCGGACUGAACAAGAAGGCCGCCUGGGACGGUAUUUGGAUUGGUGGUGACAGUAAAUGGAAGGCCGAGUUUAUCAACGACCGCUCGAACGAGGAUAUGCUCCUGUCUUGCUGGCAGGCACAUGGCUUCAGCGGCAUGAGCAUCAACGUCAACUCGCCUGACAUCCUGGUCAAGAUUCCCGCCGGCAAGUCUCUCGAGCUCUCCUUCAAGGAGAAGAUUCCCGCCGCUUGCGCGCCCGUCUACCCUAGCACCGUACUCGCCCAGUUCGGUGGCAUCAACAACACCUGGUGGGAGGUCACCUUUGGCAAGGAUGGUGCUUUCGAUGUCUCGCGUAACAUCAACAUGAACGGUGACAGCAUCAGCUCCAAGGGCUCCAAGUGCGUCUCCGACAUGGAGACCUGUGUCUUCAAGUGCAAGAACGGCAAGGACACCUGUGAAGCCGGCACCGACUACGACCUCUUCAACUGCAACGCUAGCGGUGGCGGCGGUGGCGGUUACGACCCCAUCAUGGCUGGUACCGGCGGUGGUUGCUCCAUGGGCCAGGAGAGCGAGACUGUCAAGGUUGUCUUCUCCUAA